AGCGUACAGGCUCAGGGUAGCUAUGAGACUCCAUUUCCCAGCAAGCUCAGCGUUCAGCGUGCGCUAUGGAGCCGCAUGUCGCAGCGCUGAAGCAGAAGAUUGAGGACACCUUGUGUCCUUUUGGCUUCGAAGUUUACCCCUUCCAGGUGGCGUGGUACAAUGAACUCCUGCCUGCAGCCUUCCGCUUGCCCUACCCAGGACCUACCCUGGCCUUCCUGGUACUCAGCACACCUGCUAUGUUUGACAAAGCCCUCAAACCCUUCCUGAAGAGCUGCCACCUCCAAACACUGAGAGACCCCGUGGAUCAGUGUGUGUCCUACCACCUGAGGAGUGUUACAGAGAAGUUUCCAGAACUGCACAUGGAAGUCAUUGCUGACUAUGAGGUACACCCCAACCGGCGUCCUAAGAUUCUGGCCCAGACAGCAGCCCAUGUGGCAGGUGCUGCUUACUACUACCGACGACAAGACGUGGAUACUGAUCCAUGGGGGACCCAGCACAUAGCAGGUGUGUGCAUACACCCCCGAUUCGGGGGCUGGUUUGCUAUCCGAGGGGUAAUGUUGCUGCCAGGAAUCCAAGUGCCAGAUUUGCCACCCAGAAAGCCCCCCGACUGUGUGCCUACAAGAGCUGGCCGCAUCACUCUGCUUGAAGGCUUCAAUUUCCAUUGGCGUGACUGGACUUACCGGGAUGCUGUGACCCCUGAAGAACGUUACUCAGAAGAACAGAAGACCUACUUUUCCACCCCACCUGCCCAACGCUUGGCCCUCCUGGGCUUAGCCCAGCCCUCAGAACAGCCUAGCACUGCGUCACAGCACCCUCCUCCUGUGCUUACCAAGGCCCACAACUCCAGCGGAGCACGAAGCUGGCUUAGCCCUAGUGUAUCACCACCUGCAUCUACAGGCCCUUGAUACGUUUCCCCUGUAAGAUGCCACUUAGGAUGGAUUUGUUUUAUUUGAGGUAGGAUUGGGUUUUGAAGAAGCACUUUUUUUUAGAUGGGGUUUCUCUGUGUAGGUCUGUCCUGUAACUCUGUAGACCAGACUGCCCUCAAAUUAACAGAGAUCCACCUGUCUCUGCCUCCAGAGUGCUGGGAAUUUUUUACUACCACCCAAUGAAAACCUACAUUUUAUUUGGGGUAUUAUUUCCUGAUAAUAGUACUUCAAAGCAAGUCAAGACUCAAUUUACAUUGGUCAAGACAAAUCGCAUGCCAAGGCAGACUCAAUCCCCAACCACAAAAUUAUUUUUCACUGCAACUUUAGGAUAACUAAUUUUACUAGUUAUGAAUCAUGAUUUUGAGUUCUCCAAUGGUCUUAGGGAAACC